AUGUCAUCCGCCCGAAUGGGAAGCCUGCCUUCCCUCAGGCGGCAGCACCUGCUCGCUGAAUUUACCGGUCUCAAACAAGCGUGCCCCGAAGGGGUAUUCGUGAGCUUGACCCCCGGCGAUCCGUCCCUAUGGUCUGGUGUCAUGUUCGUGCGUAAAGGACCCUAUACGCCUACUAAACCCCGGCCCGAAGUGACUAGCGCCGGAACCACACCCGAUGGCAGAUCGACUCCCGCAGUCGGAGAUACGCCGGGGUAUAUGCAGACGGGUGGUACAGGGGUAGCAACGUACGAUGUUUUGAAGUACAUGUUGAGUGCGUUCGACGACGAGGCCGUGCUCGACUCAGAUUCCCGAGCGGCUACCGGUGUACGGAGGCCGGGAGACUGGAACUGGGAUGGGGUAUGGGAAGACAGGGUCAAGAAGAAUAUCACGGCGAGCCUUUCAGAGCCGGUACUCUAUGGCGGAGGCAAUGGGAUCGAUGACGUGAUCGGCUUCCUGCCAAUGGAGGAAAGCGAAGUAGAAACGGUCAAAGGAAACCUGAUGAGGACGCUUGGUGUCACCAAGUAG